UGUAAGAAAGGUUAGGUGUCCCCUAGAGUUCCCCCAUCCACUUCAGUAGGGUAGCCUGGCUAAGCCCUGAGAAAUGCUGAAGUGUUUGGGGGAACUCCGGGUGAUGACCAACAUACCAAUUAGGUGUUGUUGCUGAGGCCUAUGCCAUGGGGCUCUGUUAAGGCACAGCUUAUGGGGAUGUGGUUGGCUGUUCCCUGGAGUUCCCCCAGAAACUUCAUUAGCUGUCUCUGGUAGGAGGACCAAACUUUACUGAAGUGGUUUGGGAAACUACAUGUGUCACUUGAUGGUCUGCUUACAAGCUCUGCAGUACUGGGCUAAUUUUCCCAAAGGUUCAUUCAAUCAGCGUAAGAUCUUUAGGGAAAGCUCAACAAGGGUUUGAAUUUUCUAUUUGCAUAUGAUUCUUAGAGCCCUUGUGUGCUACCUUGUUCGCCUUAUACUUUCAUCAUGCGGCUACAGGCUAUAGCUUCUUGACAGCAGUUUCUAUUUGCAUGAUGACAAAUUUGCAUAAAAUAUUGGUUUGAAUGAUCUUUGUCGCGCAUGUCUUUGUUCAUUUGAUUUUUUAUGACAAGAUGAAUGUUUUAAUAGGUUCAUAAUUCAAUUGAAUUUUUUUUAGUUAUUUAAUAGAAAAAAAAAAGUCAGUUUCGGAAUAUUGUUGAAAUGAAGAAAAGAAUCUUCAAUCAGAUUCAACUAAAUCCAGUACCAUGUGACGGCAUGUUGUGAAUUUCUAAUAUAAGCUAUACAGUAAAUCAGCCAAGACCACUAUGUGCUAGAAUUACAAUAGAUUUGAGUUUAAGAUAUGCGUGUGUGUGUGUGUGUCCAAAAUGAAUUAUUUUAUGUUUACUUUCCAAAAACCAUUAUUUGCAUAUAUAACAUUCAAACAUUUCGUUUUUGCAAUGAUAUCCCUUCCAUUUGAUUUUUGGCUGACAAUGUUAAUGAAUAAUUAUUUAAGCAUAAAAUAAUUUUGUUAUCCUUUUGCAUUAAUUUUCUUAAAAAAUAUAUUAGAAAAAUAUGUUUCUUAUAUGCUGUUAGUAAUUACUGAUGUAAAGGGAGGACAUAUGAUAUUAUAUAAGCAGUUAUACACAGUUUCAAAUUAAGGCCAUCAUAAUUACAUUUAAACAAAAAAUAUUAUUUAAAAUAUGUUCUACUAUAAGAAUAAUAAUUGUCAUCUUCCAUUCCAUUAUUCAUUUUAGUUAGUGAAUUAUGCAAUGCCUCAGUAACUAGACUCUUCAUCCUGACGGACGAUCUGAGUUUAAAUCUUGGAUGGUGCAUUCCCUAGAUUUUUGUUUUUGUGUGUGUGGGUAAUAAAACGAAUCAAUUCCUCCUUACAUGGCACCAACUAGAAAAAUCAAAAAGAACAAUAUUAUUUAACUCCAAAUAAUCAUAUGUCCGGCAAAAAUUCACAACCCAAAUUGGAACAAAUGUAACAUAUCCCACAGAGCAUGGCAAUACAAGUUGAGUAGCCUUGCAAAGGGGGGCUAGGUCCCAACUAGAUCUAGGACAAUCCAAACCUGUUCCGGUUUCCUUUUGGGUAUUGACUUUAGACCUCAAACGGGGACUAUCUAACUAGGUUGAUACGGUUCAAGCCUUCGCUCAGCUGGUUAUUUGGGUCAUGAUGGGUCAAGGAUUAUCCAAAUCCAAUGCCAUAUGUUCGACUUUAGGUUGGAUCAACUGAGGCCUAGAUUCAAGUUAAAUGUUCCAUGUAUAGAAGGGAUAUGAGUAGUAGCAUGAACAACAAAUUAAAAGGAAUAAAUUAAGGGUGUCAAUGAAAAAUGCUAUUGACAUCAUGUUCUAUAAAAAUGCAAUUCAUUCUUUAUAAACCUUUUGUCUAUGAACCAAAAAAAAUCAAUACCCCAACUGCAAAUCUUGAGUGAGUGGAGGGGUUUGUAAUCCCAGAAAAAGGGAUACUUUGGGUUGAGCUGAAUUGGGCUGAUUACGUUGGGUCAGUCACUAAAUAUAUGACUCAUCUUAGACCCAACUAAUCCACGUAUUAUAUAACUUUUUCAAAUGGAUUACAUCUCAUUUGUGCGCAACCGGAUGCAGAAAAGCAAGCCAGGCCGAACAUUUGACCCGACCCUUUUGCAGCAUUAUUGUUGCUUAAAGAAGAAAAGAAAAGAAUCCUCGCCACGGUACAUUAAUAUUUUAAGUUUCAUAUUUGUAUGUCAGCUAAAGUCAAAAAUAUAUAUAUACAUUUAAAAAUUUGAGAUAGAAAACAGGUUAUUAUUUCACUAGAUCUACAUGUAACGUGUCAUUAGGACCAUUAUAACAACCAAUAUCUGUUCCUAAACAGAUGAGUCCAUGCAGAAGAAGUCAGCAAACAAAUGAACAAUGACCAUUCUUUUGUUAUAUCAAGAAGAAUAACAUUUUGCAGGAAAUCAUAAUCUUAUAUUUCUUAGAGAAUUAUUGGAUAUUUGAACAUAAAUCCUGGACCCAAUUAAAUCAAUAAAAGAAAUCCAAAAUCAAGGCCAGUCUUGGUUACCUUUAUUAGUUUGUUUGGAUUAUAUCCUGCUUGAGCCCCACUCAAAUCAAGCCCAUUUAUAAUCCCUUCCGGUUCCUCUCACUGCCGCUGCGACUCGAUUCCACCCACCAUCCCAUGGCCCACCUGGACUCCCUCCUCCAGCGAUGCUCCAACCUCUCCCACAUCAAACAGCUCCACGCCCACCUCCUCGUCACCGGCCUCUUCUCCCUCUCCGCCUCCCUCCGCUCCCGUCUCGUCGAGCUCUGCGCCGUCGCAUCAUUCGGCGAUCUCCACUACGCCCUCGCCAUGUUCCGCUCCACCCCCCGCCCCGCCGCCACCACCAACGACUGGAACGCUGCCAUCCGCGGCCUCGCCGCCGGCCCCGACCCCGCCUCUGCCCUCCUCCUCUUCUUCCGCGAGAUGCUCCCCCUCUCCCCCCCUCGCCCCGACGCCCUCACCCUCUCCUUCGCCAUCCGCGCCGCUGCUCGCCUCUCCGCCAUCCACCCCACCCGCCAGCUCCACUCCCUCCUCCUCCGCCUCGGUCUCGCCGCCGACGUCCGCCUCGCCACCACCCUCCUCGACGCCUAUGCCAAGGCCCCCGACCUCCCCUCCGCCCACCAGAUCUUCUCCGAGAUGCCCCUCCGCGACAUCGCCACCUGGAACGCCCUCAUCUCAGGCCUCGCCCUCUCCGACCGACCGCCCGACGCCCUCGCCCUCUUCCGCCGCCUCUCUUCCUCUCCCGCCGCCCCCAACGACGGCACCAUCAUCGCCGUCCUCUCCGCCUGCGCCCAGCUCGGCUCCCUCCGCGACGGCGCCGCCGUCCACGACUACGCCCGCGUCCGCGGCCUCGACGCCGACGUCCGCGUCCGUAACGCCCUCGUCGACAUGUACGCCAAGUGCGGCGCCGUCGACCGCGCCGCCGCCAUCUUCCGCGCGUCCCCGGAGAAGACCCUCGUCUCCUACAACGCCAUUAUAAUGGGCCUCGCUCUGCACGGCCGCGGGGCCGAGGCGCUCCACCUGUUCGACGAAAUGCUCCGCUCCACCGAACUCGAGCCGGAUGCGGUCUCGUACCUCGCCGUCCUAUGCGGGUGCACCCACGCCGGUCUGGUAGAUGAAGGCCUCCGCGUGUUCCGCUCCAUGCGGAUCCGGCCCAACAUGAAGCACUACGGUUCGGUGGUCGAUCUGCUGGGCCGGGCCGGGCGGUUGACGGAGGCUUACGGCGUGAUCGAAUCCAUGACAUUCGCGCCGGACAUGGUUCUGUGGCAGACGUUGCUCGGGGCGUGCCGGAUCCAAGGGGACGUCGAUCUGGCCGAACGCGUGUCGCAGAAGCUCUUCGAGAUGGGAUCCAACGGUUGUGGGAACUACGUACUGCUGUCCAAUGUCUAUGCGGCCAAUAGACGGUGGUCCGAUGUUGGAAGAGUCCGUGAGACCAUGAAGAGCAACGACGUUAAGAAGAUACCGGGGAUUAGCAUGACGGAGAUUGAAGGCGUGGUGCAUACGUUUUACAAUGGUGAUAAGGAGCACGAGAGGUGGAGGGAGAUAUACCGAUCGUUGGAUGAGAUCGGGGCGAGGAUCAAGGCUUUGGGAUACGUGCCGGAUACCAGUAACGUGCUGCAUGAUAUUGGAGAGGAGGACAAGGAAAACGCGUUGUAUCAGCAUAGUGAGAAGCUGGCUGUGGCAUUUGGCUUGAUCAGCACGCCUGUCGGUACACCAAUACAGGUGAUGAAGAACCUUAGAAUAUGUGGGGACUGUCAUACUGUGGCAAAGCUGAUAUCGAGGGCGUAUGACCGGGUGAUCGUUGUGAGGGAUCUGGCAAGGUUCCACCGGUUUGAAGGUGGGGAUUGUUCGUGCGGGGAUUAUUGGUGAUGAGAUCCUGGGAGAGCCAUUUGACAUUCUCGAUGGAUGAUGAUGCUCGUCAUUCGGUUGGAGCCACUAGUAUGAAGAGAGAUUGGACAUGCAGCAUGGAUGAUGAUGCCUCUUCCAAUUUAAGGAACCACUUUCAAUGGACUACAAUGAUCGAACCUAGAAUCAGACCGGUGGAGUGUUGCAUGACGAAAGCAAUACAGGAUGCUGGAUCUUGAUGAGAUAUCCUACAUGUACCACAGCAACACAACAGUGUACCUGUACUGCUCCACGACAGCACUGGAAUAAGUUCAGAGGCAUUAAACUGGAAACUGGUUUGAGUAGGUCGACCUUCCUGCUUUCUCUCAGGAUCUUCUCUCAGUCAAAUCUCAUGCAACUCGAGACCACAGAAGCUAAUCAAGCUGCUAAUUGGCUUGCCAAAAGUGACUUUUGACAGUAGCGGAUGCAUGAUCCGUUAAGUCUGGUGAGGUGCAGCUCGGCAGGAAACUGCAGUCAGCAAAGUUAGAAGCCUACCAAGAGAAAAGAGAACCCCAGGCUGGGAGCUGCCGCGUCUUCACAAUAAAGUUUUUUGGAGACCGGAAAUAUUUAUUCCAAAGAGAUGUGAUUCACGGUAUUCCUUGGAAUAUUUUCCUGCAUGUCUAGAAAGUUAACCAACAGUCAACACAUAAUCAAGCUUCUUCUUUUUUUUUUCUUUUUGUGGUAAAGGGAGAAACUUUAUUUAUACUAGGAUAGCAUGUACAAACAAGAGUUCAGUAACAAAGUUGAAAACAUGUAACACCCAAAACAGUUAUGAAACCUGAACAUUUGCAUAAUAGCCGUUUAAAAACGACAACCAAGAUAGAUGAAAGCUUGAGUUAGAGGAAAUAUGCAGAGAAGUAGCAGCCCAAGAACAGCAGAAACUCUGAGAUUUGUGCAUCAACAGCAGUAAAUUGAGACUAUCAGAACAGGGAACAAUAUGAAAACCUUAUACCAAUGAUUUGAAAGUCCAAGAUGUUGCCCUGGAAAAUGUAUUGUAACUUUCCUUACAUAGUAGGACGGUUGAAAAAUUAUCACCUUGGCUUGGAUGAGAGUACAAUGACCACCAUAAUAGAACUGAAUCUUAAACUGGAACAGAUAACAAUCUGCAACGAGUGCAAGGGAUGCAAACAGAGAUAUUAUAAACACCCCAGCUGUAUGUAGAAACAAUCUGAACCACAGCAUAAACACUGCAGCAUAAUGAAAGGUAUGAAGUAAACUAUCCACCAGAACAUGAUCAGGAGGUAAAUCAGUGGGGUGUAAUAGAACAACAUUCAGAACGCCUGCCGGUCCAUCUGAAGACUGAUAUGUGCAACGGUAAAUUUUGAUAUAGCAGCAUUGAAAGAUGAAGAACACUAUGUUAUAUAGACAAUAAAAGAUGCCAUCACUUUCUGCAUAACAUAUAUGAGGAAGUAAAGAACCCAUUUCAAGUAUAUAAUUAGCAGGAUUGAAAGAAUCAUUCACAGCAUUAAAGGAAUAAGCAGCUAACAAUGAAACCGGCAAAGAAGAACAGCAAAGGUUAGUAAAAAGAUUCCUUUUUUCCCUUUUUCUUUCUUUCUUUUUUUGUUUUUUUCCUCUUCAUUUUUCUUUCCUUCUUUUUGUU